AUGUCAAUAACCGCAUCCAUUCCCCGAGCACCAACCUCAUCACCUCCCGCAAAUGACAACGGAGCAUUCCCACAGCCCCUCUUCGCGGACUACCCACCCAUGUUCGUCCUCCCGACUCGCUUGGCCUUGGAAGAACUGGAUACCCUAGAAGAUGAACUAGGCAGAUCCAAGGCGACCUUGACAUAUGAUGUCUCCGAAGCAAGGAUAUUUCUGGGCACGAUCACUCAACGAAAACGGGCGGCGUUAGAGCUGAGGGCAAGAGGGGUUUGGACGGAGGAGGUUGUUGGGUCUUGGCCUGCGGUGGGUGAUUCUAAGAGAGGGACAAAGUCAGCAUCGGAGUCGGAGUCGUCGCCGUCGGCGAAGAGGAGACGAUUGGUGUCCCCAAAAGGGAAGGGAUGGCACCAACAGGAUCCUCUUGAGCUGAGUAGUACGGAAUCUGAAAGCGUUGGCGUAGACAGUAGGGCCCCGUCGCCGGUACAGGGGAAACCUGGGGGGGCCAACAGACUAGUAUCUCAGUCGUCUAUUAGUACGAUCAAAACGACGACACAACAAGAGCAGGACUCUAUUGUGCCGGAAAGUCACGUCAAGGUCGUUAAGCUCGAAUGGAUCACCCAGUCUAUCAAAGCAAGGAGAGCGCUGGAUAUCGAGCCAUUUGUCGUCUAUCAUGGAAAAGUAACUGUGCGCCCACAAGAGUUGACUUCGGUGAAGAAGUAUCUACGUACCUCAGGAGUCAAGGACAGCGAAGGCAUCUUAGCCCGAGCUAUAGGCGAUGCUACAUCCGGACCUGCUCCAACUUCUCAAUCCUUAUACACCUCAAGAUUCACCUCAUCGUCAAGACAUGGAGGGAAGGACAGCUCACAACACUACCACCCACCAACAUUGUCCAGACAAUCAACAUCCGAACACGAUGCCACAAUUUUGAUUCCGCCAGCACCAGACUGGGUGCAAAACCGUGUACUGUACGCCUGCAUGCGUUCGGCACCACUCCACCCACCAAACGAAGCAUUCAUCAACCAGCUCAUCAAAAUCCGCAAAGUGCGAGAAUUGACCCUCGACGAAAUUGGGGUACGGGCGUAUAGCACCUCGAUCGCAGCACUGGCGGCAUAUCCUUAUGAAUUAAGGACACCGGUCGAAGUCCUCACCCUACCGGGAUGCGACACAAAGAUAGCUAAUUUAUUCGUUGAGUUCCGGAAAAGUGCCGAUGGGAAAUUGGAGGCUGCCAAUGUGCUCGAUUCCGACCCGGUGAUUAACACCAUCCACCAAUUCUAUAAUAUUUGGGGUGUGGGCGCAAAGACUGCUAGGGAUUUUUAUUAUCAGCGUCAAUGGCGCGAUUUGGAUGAUGUGAUUGAGCAUGGAUGGAAUAGCCUGUCUCGUGUACAGCAGAUUGGUCUGAAAUAUUACGAUGAGUUUCUAGCUGGUAUCCCACGAGCAGAAGUAGCCGAAAUUGCAAAGACGAUUCAUCGACAUGCGAAUAUGGUCCGACCGGGGUGUGAAUAUGACGGUCAGGGGAUUGAGUGUAUCAUUGUAGGUGGGUAUCGUCGUGGAAAAGAAACAUCAGGGGAUAUAGAUUUGAUAUUGAGCCAUCGUGAUGAGCGCGUUACCAAGGAUCUUGUCAUCGAUGUAGUCGGUAGUCUUGAGAGUGAAGGCUGGAUCACACAUACGUUAGCUUUGCACAUGACGACGUCAAAUAGAGAGCAACAAACGCUGCCGUUUCGCGGUGAUCCAGGUUCGCAUCAUUUCGAUAGUUUGGAUAAAGCGCUUGUUGUUUGGCAGGAUCCGAAUUUUGAGGCUGCUCCCACCAGCACCAACAACGCUGAAGCUGACGCUGAAGCCGAGCCCGUGAAGAAUCCCAACCCCCAUCGACGAGUCGAUAUCAUCAUCUCUCCCUGGCGCACAGUUGGUUGCGCUGUACUGGGCUGGUCAGGCGAUACCACAUUUGAGCGAGAUUUGAGGCGAUAUGCCAAAAAGGCGCAUGGAUGGAAAUUCGAUUCUAGUGGUGUGCGAGAAAGGACUUCAGGAGGACAUGUUAUUGAUCUGGAAAAGGGGGGAAGGACGUGGGAGGAGAGGGAGAGGUUGGUUAUGGAGGGGUUGGGGGUUGGGUGGAGGCCUGCUAGCGAGAGGUGUACUCGAUGA